AUGAGUUCUUGCAAGUCAAUAAGCACUUCAUUGUCAUCUGGUGCUAAGUUUAGCAAAGAAGAUGGAUGUGCUAAGGCUAAUGGUCAAAUUUACAAGAGCAUUACAAGUUCACUUCUUCACCUAUCUACUACUAGACCUGUUAUAAUGUUUGCCACUUGGUUGAUGUCCAGAUCCAUGCAAAAUCCCUUUGAAUUUCACUUUAUUGCCAUAAAAAGGAUCUUGAGGUAUGCUCAAGGUAGUUUAGACUUUGGUUUGGUGUAUAAGAAGAAGGAAAGUAGUCAAUUAGUAGGAUAUUGUGAUAGUGAUUGGGCUGGUUUGUUGAUGGUUCAAAAAGCCCAAGUGGAAGUUGUAGCUCAAUCUUCAGCUAAAGUAGAAUACAUUGCUUGUGCAAUUGCUUCUAAUCAUGUUGUUUGGCUGAGAAAGGUAAUGACUAAUUUAGAGUUCAAGCAAGUUAAAGGGACACUACUCUAUGUUGACAAUCAAACAACUGUGGCUAUUGCUAAGAACUAG